AUGUCCGCCGCCGUCUUACGGCUUCGCGAGUGGUGCGUGAGUGUGCCAAGACCUCUGCCUAUAUAUCACAUGUUGUCAAGAAGAAGAAGACGAAGAAGGCGUGAAUGUGUUAGCAAGUUACAUCAGAACUUCAGUCUUCAGAAGCAUAAAAGGUUGCUUUUUCUUUCUCAUCUUCAAAUGUCACACCAACUUGCUCUUAAGCAAUGUGAUCGGUGGUCGGACGGGUUCUUCGUGCGUCACCCGGAGGCGGUGGUGGCGCCGCUGGGCGACGAGGCGGCGCUCAAGUGCGUGCUGCGCUUCCCGGCGGAGCGCCUGCGCUGGCGCAAGGACGGCCGCCUGCUGCCGCCGCCCAACGCCACCGCCGACGCCGCCGCCGCGGCCCAGCACGCGCACCCGCACGCGCACGCGCACGCGCACCCGCACCAGGGCCCC